AAGUAGCCCACACACUGUGCAGUGUGUGCGGAGGGGUGAUGCCUCAAGAGCGCAUCACAGGACGACAAAACGCCACCGCAAGACGCAGUGCCAGAAUAGAGCAGCUUUGGCACGAGAGCUUGUUUCCUGUAGUUUAGUGUGGGAAAAAAAAGAGGGGAAAUCGACCUUACGAAUCCCCACACAUACUUCUUGUCAUGCCGGAAUCCUCCUGAUCAUCUUUGCUGGCUCGCGCACAGAGAUAAUGUAGGGGAGAGAAAACGGGGAUCUCCACCGGUGGAGAGAUCUGGGGAUGCAUGGACACGGUUAUGGGUGAUUAAUGCCAUUUUGCAGCAGCGAAACAAGAAUGGAUAUGUGCACAAAAAGUGGGGAUAAGUGAGUUUCGGGGGCCCACAGGAUGGACACUGCGGAGGUAAUUCUCUCUGUGUUGGUGGUUGUGAUUAUUAUAGUGUCGUUGCUGUCCAACGUCCUGGUGCUGAUCUGCUUUCUGUACAACCCGGAGAUCCGCAAGCAGGUGCCCGGUCUGUUCAACCUCAAUCUCACCUUCUGCAACUUGUUGCUGACCGUGUCCAACAUGCCGCUCACUUUGGUGGGACUUGUCAGUAAGGCUCAGCCGGGGGGAGACGGAUUCUGCCAAAUCGUGGGAUUCCUGGAGACCUUCCUGUCCACCAACUCGAUGCUGAGCAUGGCAGCUCUGAGCAUCGACAGGUGGAUCGCGGUGGUGUUCCCCCUGAGGUAUCACUCCAAAAUGCGCCAUAAAGACGCCGCUUUUGUGCUCGGGUACACGUGGGCGCACUCCAUGUCCUUCUCCACGGUGGCCACCUGCCUCUCCUGGGUGGGAUAUCACCGGCUUUACGCGUCCUGCACCCUGUCCAACCCCAGGGCGAGCAGUCGGACCCAGUUUGUUAUCUUCACCGUAUUUUUCCACUCCUUCACCUUUCUCCUGUCUUUUAUAGUGUUAUGUGUCACAUACCUCAAAGUGCUUAAAGUGGCAAGGUUUCACUGUAAGAGGAUCGAUGUUAUUACAAUGCAAACUUUGGUGCUGCUGGUGGAUAUACACCCCAGUGUUCGCCAGCGUUGCCUGGAGGAGCAGAAGAGGCGACGACAGAGAGCGACGAGGAAGAUCAGCACCUUCAUUGGCACCUUCAUGCUCUGCUUCGCUCCCUAUGUGAUCACAAGGAUCGUGGAGUUAUUUCCAGCGGUGCCUAUCAAUCCUCACUGGGGAAUUGUCUCCAAGUGCUUAGCUUAUAGCAAGGCGGCCUGCGACCCCUUCGUGUACUCCCUGCUUCGGCACCAGUACAAGAAGACAUGCACUGACAUCAUCAACAGGCUGCUGAAGCGCAGCUCCUUGAACACGUCCGGGCGCGGGCACGGGCACGAGAACCAAGGCAACAGCAUACCGACGGUGGAGUGA